UGAAAUGUGAAGAGGAAAAAUGGAAAUAAUGCGAGAAAACCACGCAGCGAACCAAAGCGAAAUUGAAUUGAUGCUCUCCCUUCCCUACCUCCAAUUCGUUUUCUGCUCUGCAAGUUCUCAAAUUUAAACCAUUUUUUGUUUUCAUUUUACAUUCAAAAGCCAAACAAAAUCACAAGUCAAUAGGCGGAGGAAGGAGAAGGAAGGAGAUGAUAACGCGAUCGAAUUUAGCAGAGCAAUUGAGGGAGUAUCAGCUUCGAUCUAAGCAUGAUUGGUCUUCCGUUUCGUUUUUCUCAUCGACGUCCAAUCUCUCAUCUUAUAGGGUGGAUGUUAUGGUCUUUGCUAUAUGGGAACUCGUCAUUUUAGCUUUCCUGGUUUUUUCAGCUGUUUCUUUAUAUUUUAGGCAUAUGCAACCUGCCUUCAUCCUAGCAUGCGUCACAAUACUAUUGCUUCUCUGCAUGAAAAUCAUAAAGUACGUGAGGUUGGCCAGGAAAAAGAAAAGAAGGAUGCUUCUUCCAUUAUCUAUUUAGAACAACGUGAAAGCUUGAACAAGGUUAAAUGGGACCAACAUGAUUAGUUGAUCGUUGCGUUAGGGUGCCACAUGCACUGGUCUAUUGUAAAUGUAACUGUGCCUGAAGCUAGCUGGUGAAGGAAUGUGAUUGGAGAUGAUCACCUCAAAAAAUGGUGAACCAAGGUGGGAUUUCUGAUUUGAAAUUGAAAGUCUGGAUGCUCUAAUUGAACAUAUAGCAGUGAAUUUUAAGGUAUGGUUUCUUUCUCAGUAACUUUUAUGCAAGGGUCAAUGGAACUCCAAUCCAAGUCGGAAGAUAGUGAGCAUUAUUAGUUUCAUUUUCUCAUUUGAUUGACAUCCCAGGAUAGAAAUGGACGUGGUGAGUGAUCGAAUCAAUUUCUUUUUUGUAUAAUGUACCCACAGUUGUUUUGCAACAGAACAAAUACCAUGCAGGACUUAAAGUUUUCACAGUUGAUAGCAAACAGAUUAUUGCAAACAGAAGCAUCAUAUUUAUACCGCCGUUGUUGU